CAUCUUCCUUACAAGGCUAAAGCCAGCAGCUUUCCUCUGCCUCUGGGUCCCUUAAAAGCAGCAGGGCAAGCCCCAGGGCUCCCGGUGAGUGCAGGAGGGUGCGAGGCUGGGUGGCACUGCCCGUCUGGUGCCACCACACUGUGACAGUGGCCUCGAAGCCCUGGGAGGCUGAGUGGCACUGCCUGCCUGUUGGCACAGCGCUGUGACAGUGGCCUCGGAGCAUCGUCCAGGGCUCCUUGGUCCCCAUCCUCCCAGCAAGCACGGAUCCAAACCCCAAAAGCAAUCACUGAGGGGGAAAAAGCGCAACGUGAGAGGUAAAAUGAAAGACCGGCUUUUUGAGAAUAGCUGCUGGAAGCUGUGAUGGAUCAGGAGAGCUGUGCAUUGCCACGCAGCUCCUGCAGACCCUAAGGCAUCGGGUCAGCCUCCCAGCGAGUGCAUGCAGGGGCGUGGGUGCAGCAGCGGAGGAUGGAAGUGCUUCGCCGAUCCUCAGUCUUCGCUGCAGAGGUGAUGGAGGUGUUCGACAGGUCUCCCACUGACAAGGAGCUUGUGUCCCAAGCUAAGGCUCUCUGCAGAGACUACAUAAAUUCGAGGCUGGUUCGAGCAGGUGUCAGCUGGAGCAAACCCGAGUGCAACGCGCCCGUGCCUGGCGGUAAGCUGGCCGAGGUGUCCACCAUACUGCUGCGGCUGGGAGACGAGCUGGAAUACAUUCGCCCCAACGUCUACCGGAAUAUCGCCCGCCAGCUGAACAUCUCGCUGCACUCGGAGACGGUGGUGACGGACGCCUUCCUGGCUGUAGCGGCGCAGAUUUUCACAGCAGGCAUAACAUGGGGCAAGGUGGUGUCUCUCUACGCGGUGGCGGCAGGGCUGGCGGUGGACUGCGUGCGGCAUGCACAGCCAGCCAUGGUUCACACCAUCGUCGACUGCCUGGGAGAGUUCGUCCGCAAGACCUUGGUGACAUGGCUGAAAAGGCGAGGAGGCUGGGCAGACAUCACGAAGUGUGUUGUGAAUACCGACCCCAGCCUUCGCUCCCACUGGCUCGUGUCUGCUGUUUGCAGCUUUGGGCACUUCCUCAAGGCGAUCUUCUUCGUGCUGCUGCCUGAGAGAUGAACCCGAGCUGCCCGCAGCAGCCCCUUGCCCCAUCUCCUCCCCCACUCCAGAAGCAGUGGAAAUGGCAGCCUCUGAAGAGGAGGAAGAGAAGAACCAGGACAAACAAAGGGCUUGUUCUCCUCUCCCUUCAGCUGGCAGCAGCCGACCGACCACAGUCUCCUUCUGGCAGCCGCAGGAGCCUCUCUCACCCUUAUCCUUUCAAGAGACUCAUUUCCCUGGGUGACUUGUGGGUACGCCGACUGCGGCACUGUCCUGUUCCUUACGACCGUGUUGCAUGCUUAUGCUAGUGCCAGGCAGAGGGGAGGAGGAAGGGGCUAGUAUUUGAAAUGGAAUAGAAAUAAGAGAGGGGGAGCAUCCCUCCCUCACUGCAUGCGAUUCUCUUCUUGGUGCUCAGACUCGCCUUGUGUCAGUUCUUGUUGUUGCACUCGUGUUUGAACUCCACCUCCUCCUUCAGCCUGCCUCUGGCUUGUUGGGCUCUCCCCAUGCACCGUGUGCCACAGGGGAUCAUUCAGCAGCGGGUUCUUCAUGGGAUGAAACAAAUGUCUGUCGUGAGAUGCUUCUCCCCCUGACACACCUUGGAAAUGGCGUUUUGUGGCUGUGUGUGGGGCAGGACCAGAGGGUGUGUGAUGAACUGGUAAGGGUUUUGCCCUGACCUCUCCUGCUGCGCUCACACGCAACGUUUGAAACAGGAGAGAGGGACAAUGCCUUCAAGCAACAGCUUGGGUUUGGAUUUUACAACGAAGACAUAGCUAAAUGUGUGAGUAGGAAAGGCUGGGGGAAGUGGUCAGAAAUUAGGGAAAGAGUAAGUGAGCUGCCUGAUGUUGUGAAGGGGGAAAGCUGUGUCAAAAGCAACUGGUAUAUGUUUCUCCUUUAAUGUUGUUGGAAGUGAAACCUGCAGUCUUCUUUGUGGCAAAAAAUAAAAGAAAAUAGGUGGUGUUUCACUAUUGAAAA